AUGGCGAUUGAAGAUCAACACAUUGGCGCGACCUCAACUACUGGUAACUUCACUGCUGGAACUGCUACAUUUCCCACCAUCGAUCACAACCAUCCUUUGUACCUGCAACCAACAGACACACCAAGUAAUUCUCUAAUUUUUCUUCAACUUACUGGAUCAGACAAUUAUGCCUUGCGGAGUCGUGCAAUGAGAAUUGGCUUGCCAGGUAAAAGUAAAUUAGGUUUUGUUGAUGGGAGAUUUCCUAAGUCUAAAUUUGAACCUGAGCUUCAUGAUCUGUGGGAGAAAGUUAAUGCUAUAGUUCUCUCGUGGAUAAUGAAUGGUGUGAGACCAGGAUUGUUGAGUAGUGUAUUGUAUGCAUCUAGUGCUCAUAGAGUUUGGAAGGAUUUGAAAGAGAGGUUUGAUCAAGUAAAUGGCUCGAGAAUACUGUAUUUGCAUAGAGAAGUUCACACACUGACUCAAGGGACUAUGACUAUAACUGACUAUUUCUCAAGGCUUAGAGAGCUGUGGGAUGAAUUUGAUGCUCUAAUGCCUUGUCCGGAUUGUCCAUGUCCUGAAUCUAAACAGUAUGCACAACACUUUGAGUAUCAAAGACUUUUUCAAUUUUUCACUGGGUUGAAUGAGUCCUAUUCUCAAUCAAGGAGUCGGUUCAUGAUGAUGUCUCCCCUGCCAAGUAUAAACAAAGACUACUCUUUGUUAGUAGAUCAGGAGAGUCAAGGGAAUCUCACAAGCACAACACAAGUUGCUCAGGUCACUGAAACUUUGGAAAAUAUUGCCCUGUAUAGCAGUUCGAGUGUGAAUAAUACUGGAAACAAUAAGUCCAAAAGGAAUCAAGUACAGUGUGAGUAUUGUCACUAUAAGGGACAUACAAAAAAAAAUUGUUACAAAGUGAUUGGAUACCCUACUGAUUUCAAAGCCAAAAGAAAAGGAAUUAGUACAGGACAAUAUGCCAAUUAUGUAGGCAAUGCAGAAAUUUCAGGUGCAGAGAGGUGCAAUAUGACUGCUAACAUGACUCCUACUCUCAAUGGAUCAUCUAGCUCAGUUACUACACAACAAAUGAGUCAACCUGCUCCCUUCCAACAGAUGCCACAUCCAGCUCCUUUCUUUACUCAUGAGCAAUACCAACAAAUUGUUCAGCUACUUUCUAGAGGAAGUUCAGAAGGAUUAGACUCACCCAACAAAGUUGUUACAGUAGGUAUUCUAAACCAUGUGAAUGCUUUUAUGUCUCAAUGUGUCAAUAGUAAAUGGAUAGUUGACACUGGGGCUUCAAAUCACAUGACUUCAAGUUUAGACAUGUUACACACUCAUAGACCACUUCCAAAUACAGAAGCAAACAAAGUACAUUUGCCUACUGGGAAUGUUGUGUCAGUGUCCCACACAGGUUGCACUUCUGUAUUAAGUAAUCAGGAGAUCUCUAAUAUUCUGUACAUUCCUGACUUUAAGUUCAACUUACUGUCAGUCUCAAAACUCACUAAGGAGCUAAAGUGUAUGGUGGGAUUCUUCCCUGACUUUUUUAUUUUUCAGGACCUCUUCAGUGGUCAGGUGAAGGGGAUGGGUAGAGAAGAACAUGGACUAUACAUUCUGCAAGGAGUAGCCAAACAGACCAAGUUGCCCUUUCAGCUAAGCAGUACAACUACAAAAUCAGUGUUUGAGCUAAUUCACUGUGAUAUAUGGGGACCCUAUAGAGUGCCCACACAUGAUGGUAAGAUAUAUUUUGUUACCAUAGUCGAUGACCACACAAGAUUUUGGGGAGAAUGUGUUGCUACUACAGUAUAUCUACUCAAUCGACUUCCUUCUAAAGUUGUUGGAUACAAAUCACCAUUGGAGAUGCUAUAUUUGCACCCUCCUUCAUUGUCUCAUCUCAGAGUUUUUGGCUGCAUAUGCUAUGCAACUUGUCCUCAAGUGCUGGAUAAGUUCUCACCUAGAGCAAUACUUGCUAUGUUUCUAGGAUACUCUUCUAGUCAGAAGGGUUAUUUGUUGUAUACUAUGCAUUCAAAAACAUUCAUAGUCAACAGGAAUGUUAUGUUUCAAGAGAAUAUUUUUCCUUUCAAGCAUGCCACAUCAAUUGGAAGCCCUGUAUUUCCUAUCCUAGACUUGUUAUCCUCUACUCUGAGCAAUGUUACUCCCUCUUCUUCUGCACCACCAGCACCAGAGGUGUCCAUUGACACCACCUUAAAUCAGUUUCCUGCAAACUCCUCUCAGAGAGUCCCUCAUUCUACAACAAGCUCAGAAGAUUCUAUCUCUAUGAUCCCUUCUGCUGUUGAUCAGUUUCCUGAUGUCACUCAAAAUCCACAUGUGUUUCCUCAACAAGCUGAUGAGCCUCCUGCUGAACACAGAAGGUCUUCUCGACCAAGCAAGCCACCUCUGUGGCUGCAGGACUAUGUCACUACCUCCAAAGGCUCUAAGUGUACGUAUCCUAUAUCUUCCUAUAUGUACUAUUCAUCUAUUGCUCUGUCAUAUAAGCAGGUCCUUGCAGCCUAUUCAGCUCUCUCAGAAUCAACUUCCUUCAAAGAAGCUGCAGCUGAUCCCAAGUGGAUAGCAGCAAUGAAGUUGGAGAUUGCAUCCCUUGAGGAUAACCAUACUUGGAGUAUUGUAGACUUGCCACCUGGGAAGACCCCCAUUGGUUGCAGGUGGGUUUACAGAAUUAAGUACAAAGCCUCUGGUGAAGUAGAAAGGUUCAAAGCUAGGCUAGUGGCUAAAGGCUACAGCCAAAAGGAAGGCUUGGACUAUGGAGAAACUUUCUCUCAUAUGGCCAAGAUUGUAACUGUUAGAUCUGUUAUUGCCUUAGCUGCUUGA